AUGUCAAAGGGCCUUCCAAGACCUGAAGGACUAUCUCACUACUGCCCCAUUAUUAAGUCCGUCCGUGCAAGGAGAAGAAUUGUACCUAUACUUAGCGGUGUCCCCACACGCUCUUCUAGGAAGUUAAGACAUUACUUCCAAGUUCAUAUCAUCAAUGUCAUGAUGGACCAUCCGCUUAAGAAGGCUCAAGCCUUAGCAGAUUUCAUCGCAGAGUUCACUCCGAGUCACGAGGAUCUUGGGGAAGGAGAGUACAAUAACAAAUGGGUCGUCCAUGUAAACGGAUCGUCUACAUUGUAUGCUGGAGGAAUCAGAGUUGUUUUGCAAUCGCCAGAAGGAGAAAAAUUAAAGUACAAGGCCUGUUUGCAAUUCCAGACUACUAAUAAUGAAGUGGAGUAUGAAGCCCUUUUAAAGGGGUUGGAGUUGGCCAAGUCUGUAGAAGCAGACUCAGUACUUGUCUUGGGAGACUUUCAAUUGGUCAUAGGCCAAGUAAAUGGGACAUGCGAAGCCAAGGAAGACAGAAUGAAGAAAUAUCUAAGGAAGGUAGUACGCCUUGUAAAGAAAUUCAAAAAAGCUGAUUUUAUUCAAAUCCCAAGGGAAAAGAAUGUGGAAGCAGAUAUUCUAGCGAAGGAAGCGUCUGCGAAUGAAGCGUUGGACAAGUUGGAUGAAGUACACUACAUGCCAAGUAUAGACCUUCCAGAAAUGCUGCAGAUAGAGGGUGACGGAAAUUGGAUGACCCCAAUAGUGUCAUACUUGAAGGACGGAAGGCUUCUAGAAGAGAAGGACGAAGCGAGGAAGCUCAGGGUCAAAUCAGCCAGGUACGUACUUAUGGACGAAGUGUUAUACAAAAGAGGUUUUUCCCAGCCUCUCUUAAGAUGUUUGGCUCCAGACGAGGCAAACUACAUGUUGAGGGAGGUUUAUGAAGGAGCAUGUGGAAACCAUUCGGGAGCCAGAUCACUCGUCCAUAAAGUCAUCUGUAGCGGAUUAUAUUGGCUAACCAUCCAAGCUGAUGCUAAGGCUUAUGUCAAAGUAUGUGAUCAAUGUCAACGCUUCAGCAACAUUCCCAGACAGCCAGCAGAGUAUCUCACGCCAAUGAUGGCCCCUUGGCCUUUCGCGUAA